CUAAAGAAAUUCUUAAUGAAGAACCUAUAGUUGAGUAUCGUCCUUCUUUUCUGAAUGGGUUAGAACUUGAUGCCUUCUUUCAUAAAUACCAAAUCGCAUUAGAGGUGCAAGGGGCUCAACAUCGGCUUCAUCACACUAGCUGGUAUAAAGAUGUCAAAAAACUCGAGGAUAUUGUUAAUCGUGAUCGUCUAAAAAGAUGUAUGUGCCAAGAUAAUGGAAUUUUCCUACUUGAAGUGUGGUACGAUGAAAAUCCAGAAAUUGUUAUUCCUGAAAGAAUACAAAAAAUUAAGGCAUAUCGUGCUCCCUUUUUAUUCAAUGCAUUGCAAAAUACAAAUGAGCAAAACAGCAUCAAUUUUUUGACGUCCGUCUAUCCAGCAAAUUUUACGAGGAAAAUCACGCUUGUUACUGCAUUAUGUGUAACAAUGUCCGCUAGGUCACACUCUCAUUGUCAACGUCAAAAAAGCAAUUUAAGUCAAGACACAAGGACCGAGAGAUCUUUUCCUUCAAUCGAAGAAAUUAAAAAGUAUUCUCCUGAGCAACUUGUUAGUUUCUUAGAGUCUGGGAAUUUAUAUCUUAAGAAUAAUCAUAUCGAAAUAAUCAAGAAAAAUGAUAUCGCUGGUGUAGACUUUCUUCUCUUGAAAGAAGAUGAUCUCUAUCGAAUUGGAUUACCUAUUGUCGACACAGAACUUGUAAUAUCAGCAACAGAAACAAUUAUGUCCAAUGAUCCUGGUGUUUUAGUUUUGAUUGCCGGUGACAGGGAUUAUAAACCUUUAGUAAGACGAGCACUGAAACACAAUUGGACUGUGGAGACAUGGUUUUGGAGUUCAGGAAUUUCCAGUUUCCUCAAGUCAGAUACGACUUUUCGAUCUUUGGAUAAUUGUUAUCGUACCUUCUCAUAUGGAUUAGGUCCUGAUCUCACUGAGAAAAAUUACGUUCUUGAGGUUACUGAUGGUAACGUCAUUCAAAGUUUGAAAAAUGAAGAUGUACUGGAAUGGUUUAAUACUUUAAACUUGUUCGGUUGGUGGGAUUGGGAAGGUUAUAGAGCUUUAAUAAAAUAUAGUGGAGCUAGUGUCAGUG